GGAGGAGGAGGAGAGGGAGGAGGAGGAGAAGGAGGAGGAGGAGGAGGAGGAGGAGGAGGAGGGACCCAGUGCAGGAAGCCGAGCAGGAAGCGAGCCCGGCAGCCGCGCUUUCCUGGGGAAGCGGCGGGCGGGACGGCCAGCCGGGCCAGGAGCUGAGGCAGCCGCUUGGAUGGGGUAUUGACAAAUCUCCUAGGACUUUGGAAGGCUGAAUGGACUAAACAUGAAGAGCUUGAAAGCGAAGUUUAGGAAGAGCGACACGAACGAGUGGAACAAGAAUGAUGACCGCCUGCUGCAGGCUGUGGAGAAUGGAGAUGCUGAGAAGGUGGCCUCACUGCUGGGCAAGAAAGGGGCCAGUGCCACCAAGCACGACAGCGAGGGCAAGACCGCUUUCCACCUUGCUGCUGCGAAAGGACACGUGGAAUGCCUCAAGGUCAUGGUUACACACGGUGUGGAUGUGACUGCCCAAGACUCUUCCGGUCACAGUGCUUUACAUAUCGCAGCCAAGAAUGGCCACCCAGAGUACAUCAAGAAGCUUCUUCAGUACAAGAGCCCAGCCGAAAGUGUUGACAACUUGGGGAAAACAGCUUUGCAUUAUGCAGCGGCACAGGGGAGCCUUCAAGCUGUACAAGUCCUCUGCGAGCACAAGAGCCCUAUAAACCUCAAAGACUUGGAUGGAAACAUACCCCUGCUCGUCGCAAUACAAAAUGGCCACAGUGAGGCCUGCCACUUUCUCCUGGACCACGGCGCAGAUGUCAAUUCCAGGGACAAAAAUGGAAGAACUGCCCUCAUGCUGGCGUGCGAAACUGGCAGCGCUAACACCGUGGAAGCCUUAAUUAAGAAGGGGGCAGACCUGAGCCUUGUAGAUUCUCUGGGACACAAUGCCUUAUAUUAUUCCAAACUCUCAGAAAAUGCAGGAAUUCAGAGCCUUCUAUUAUCAAAAAUCUCUCAGGAUGCUGAUUUAAAGACCCCAACAAAAGCAAAGCAGUUGAGUGAUGUGUCUUCCCCACGAUCAAUAACUUCUACACCACUUUCAGGAAAGGAAUCAGUAUUUUUUGCUGAAGCACCCUUUAAGGCUGAGAUCAGCUCCAUACAAGAAAACAAAGACAGGCUGAGCGACAGUACUGCAGGUGCUGACAGCUUAUUAGAUGUAAGUUCUGAAGCUGACCAACAAGAUCUUCUUGUCCUAUUGCAAGCAAAAGUCGCUUCCCUUACCUUACACAAUAAGGAGUUACAAGAUAAAUUGCAGGCCAAAUCGCCCAAGGAAACUGAAGCCGACCUAAGCUUUCAGUCUUUCCAUUCCACCCAGACUGACCUGGCCCCAUCCCCGAGCAAAUGUAGUGACAUCCCUUCCUCCGAGGCCAAAUCAUCCCCGCUUGUUGAGCAUCCGGCGGGGACAUCCACCGCUGACAGGGAUGUCAUGAUCCAGCAGCUACAAGAUACCUUGCAUGAUUUGCAGAAGAGAUUGGAGACCUCUGAAGCACAGAAGAAACAGCUCCAGGACGAGCUCCAGUCAGAAAGGACAGACCCGACAUGCUUGAACAACACAGAGAUUUCCGAGAAUGGCUCCGACCUCAGUCAGAAACUCAAAGACACUCAGAGCAAGUACGAAGAGGCCAUGAAAGAAGUCCUGAGCGUGCAGAAGCAGAUGAAGCUGGGUCUCCUCUCCCACGAGAGCGCCGAUGGUGACUCGCGUCUCCGAGAGGUGAGAGUCACCGAUGAAGACGUUGACACACUAAAGCAAGACCUGCAGAGAGCACUGGAAGAGAGUAAAAGGGAUAAGGCUCGGGUGCAGGAGUUAGAGGCAAAGCUCGUGGAGAAAGAAAAGGCUGAAGCGACUAAGCCGUCCUCAGAGGUGUGCGAGGAGAUGAGAAACUCCUACUGCUCUGUCAUCGAGAAUAUGAAUAAGGAGAAGGCAUUUUUGUUUGAGAAAUACCAGCAGGCCCAAGAAGAAAUCAUGAAACUAAAGGACACACUAAAAAGUCAGAUGCCACAGGAAGCCCCCGAUGACUCUGGGGACAUGAAGGAGACCAUGAACAGGAUGGUUGACGAGCUCAAUAAGCAGGUGAGCGAGCUGUCACAGCUCUACAGAGAAGCCCAGGCAGAGCUGGAGGAUUACAGGAAGAGGAAGUCUCUAGAAGACGCAACCGAAUACAUUCACAAAGCGGAACACGAGAGGCUGAUGCACCUGUCAAACCUGUCCAGGACCAAAGCGGAAGAAUCGCUGUCCGACAUGAGGUCUCAAUAUUCCAAGGUGCUGAACGAGUUGACUCAGCUCAAGCAGCUGGUGGAUGCGCACAAAGAGAACUCCGUGUCCAUCACAGAGCAUCUGGAAGUAAUAACCACGCUGCGGACGAUGGCCAAAGAGAUGGAAGAGAAAACAGUCACCCUCCAAGAGCACCUCGCAAGCAAGGAAGGGGAAGUCGCAAAGCUGGAGAAGCAGCUCGCAGAGGAGAAAGCCACCAUGAGCGAUGCAAUGGUCCCCAAGGCUUCCUACGAGAAGCUCCAGGCCUCCCUGGAGGGCGAAGUCAACGCGUUGGCAGCAAAGUUAAAGGAGUCGGUGAAAGAGAAAGAGAAAGCCCAUUCUGAGGUCGCCCAGGUUCGAAGUGAGGUCUCACAGGCGAAAAGGGAAAAGGAAAACAUCCAGACUCUCUUGAAAUCCAAAGAGCAGGAAGUAACUGAACUUGUGCAGAAAUUCCAGCGAGCUCAGGAAGAACUGGCCGGGUUGAAAAGAUGCUCCGAGACCUCGUCGAAGCUGGAGGAGGACAAAGACGAAAAGAUAAAUGAAAUGACCAAGGAGGUCCUGAAGCUGAAGGAGGCCCUGAACAGCCUCUCGCAGCUCUCAUACUCCACAAGCUCGUCCAAGAGGCAGACCCAGCAACUGGAAAUGCUACAGCAGCAGGUCAAGCAGCUGCAGAACCAGCUGGCUGAAUGUAAGAAACAACACCAGGAGGUCGUAUCCGUUUACAGAAUGCAUCUUCUAUAUGCUGUACAGGGCCAAAUGGAUGAAGAUGUCCAGAAAGUCUUGAAGCAGAUCCUCACCAUGUGUAAAAACCAGUCUCAGAAGAAGUAAAACAGAUUCACUGGCAAGGCACUGCCCCCUGUUGCCUCUCUGUGUGUUAGAUCUGGAGUUGUCACUGACCACUGCCGUUCUUAUCCAUGGUGUGCACUGUGACCUAGCAUAGCUUCUUUUCCAGAAGAUGCCCUCUUCAUGCAUAGGUACUCCAGACCAGCAGGGGUGAAAGGCCCUGCUCUCUCUUCAGAAUCUAGAACUGGGAUCAGCCACGCCCAAACGUCUGGUCUACCUUCUUUGGUACCUGACCAUAGGAGAGGCUUCACUGAGCUGCUGAGGCCUCGGGGCAGUGAGUGGUCCUUGAUUCCUGCCUUUGGACUGCACCAUCCAGCACAGGAGAGCGUUUUGCCUUCCAUUCCCCAAACAUGGUUUAAUUCCUAACCAAACUAAAAUGACACUACAAGUGAGUGCUUAAGACCCUUUAUCCUGUGGAUUUAAAAACUCUACUCUGUCCCCCCAGCUGCCUUAAAUCUCACCACCCUGCUUAUAGUCGCACAGUUUGGUGAGUGCUGUUAACUAAAACACAAAGUUUUAAGUCAAGAGUGAACUCUCCCUUAACAGUUUUUAAGUAAAUCGACACAUUGCAGAUUUUCUAUGCAAACUUGCCUAGAAAACUUUCCACAAUGCUCAGGAAGCCCAGAUAUUUUUAUUUCAACAGAGGACAGUAAACUGUGUUUACAGCCAAAAGACAUGCCUCACGGUUCUUAACCUCGAUUUUUAAAAAGUGUUUCGUUUCCUCUAUGAUAUUUUUAUUGGCUUUUAAAGAUGUUUUCAUAGCUAAAGCCCUAAGUGAGAUUAGAUGAUAUUAACAUUAUUUUUAGAUGAACAUACUUAAGACUUCUUAAAAAUGUAACUUUUUCCUCAAAAGUCUUCAGCCAUAGAUCACACAGGGUAGUUAAGUAUUCCACUCAGUGUGAGCUGCUCAGUACCCCUCGGACUUUCUGUAGUCUAUUUCUGAGUGUAGUAAAUCCUCCUCUUGCCCGUUGAAUUUGUAAACGCCCCAAACUCUCGCCCAUGAGUCGUUCCUGAAAGGACUGUCAGUUCCAGUCAGCUUCUCCAUGUUGAAAGUAAGAGCCUCAACAUGCCAACAUGGUGCAUGGCAAAGUCUGGGGAAAUUAGGCCUGUUGACUUUCCUUUCAGGUUACAAAGGUUUGACUUACUUGCAGCUUCUCUUUAUGGCCCCAAUCAUGAAAUAAAGAACUUCUGGUGUGUUACUAAAAGUAGAGUCCACUCUGACAGGGCCCGUCGACUGCAGGGCUGCCGCGGCUCUGAGGCCACCUGGCUGACUUGGGUGUGUUCAUCUGUCUUAGGUGAUGGUCAAUACCAGCAGGACUAAAGUGGCAAUACUUUUCAUAAGUUGCCCGAUCACAGUUAAGCAUUUCUUAAAAUGCCCCCAAAGAAAUGUGAAAGGAUUUGCCACGCACAGAACCUAAGAAAUGACCAAGCCACCUCCCCUUGUGCCUCCACACGGAAAUGCUGCAGUGUGUAAACUUGAGUCAUUUUGUAGGAUGCCUGACGAAGUGUAGCCUUUCUUCUUGUGUCAGGAUGCAUAUUUAUUACAAGUAUUCUGGUUAAAUAUUGAGAAGUUAUAUGCUGUAGUUUAGCUUUUUUUUUUGUCUUUGUAAUAAUUUACAGAAAUUGUUGCGGGAAAUAAACAUGGUUCAUUUUGCAUCCCUUU